GGCUCAGCGGUGGGAAUGGGCGCGAACAGCCGCCGCAGCCCGGUGUCCUGAGGUGGGGGCGGGGGCCUCGAAGCCACACGGGAAGGUGGCUGGAAAAGUCCUCGGAACACCCCAUCCUGCAAGGCGGCUCGCGUGGGCCGGCACUAGAAUCUGCCUUCUCACCAUCCUUCCGUUCAGUCGGGCACUGGAAAUGACUGUGGACGUGGAGGACUGUUGAGGAUGCAGGGGUCAGAAUUGACAAGUGUUGAUCAUCAGUUAUUAAACGUGUCGGUCUGGCCUUUCCUCCCCUUUUGAUUAGUCCAGCACACUGAAGUGAAACAAACGUUGGUAGUCUAUGGAUUUGAGCCCCCACUCUCCUGAGAGACCGGUGUGCCAGCUUUUAGAUUCUAAUGGAGAAAAUAAUUUGCUGUGGAAGGAAGCGUCUCAUGAAAGAACUGUCACCGAACUGUCCCAGAGUCAGCAUGUAUCAUUCUCUGAAUCAGAUACGACUUCUUCAGAAGGUACUGAGUUACCUGCGGACUGGAGUAUUAAAACCCGACUCCUUUUCACCUCUUCUCAACCCUUUUCCUGGGCAGAUCAUUUGAAAGCACAGGAAGAAGCCCAAGGUCUUAUCCAGCAUUGUAGGGCAGCAGAAGUUACUUUACCCCAGAGUAUACAGGGUCCCAGACUCUGCACUGAGUUGCGUUGUGCCUUCCAGCAGACUCUUGUCUACUGGCUCCACCCUGCCUUUUCGUGGCUGCCGCUGUUCCCUCGCAUUGGAGCUGAUAGGAAAAUGGCGGGAAAGUCAAGCCCAUGGUCACACGAUGAGACUCUGCAGCAUACUUUAAUGAGUGACUGGUCUGUGAGUUUUACUUCCUUGUAUAAUCUGUUGAAGACAAAGCUUUGCCCCUUUUUCUACGUUUGUACCUAUCAGUUUACUGUCCUGUUCCGGGCAGCAGGAUUAGCAGGAAGUGACGUGGUCACAGCACUCAUAUCUCCUACAACUAGAGGUUUAAGAGAAGCUAUGAAAAAUGAAGGUAUUGAAUUUUCUCUGCCUUUGCUAGAAGAAAGUGGCUGUAAGAAGAAAGUACGAGAAGCAAACCUGGAGUACGAGGAGGAGCAAGCGGCCAGCGAUGAAGAUGAAGAGGAGAGCUUGUCUUGGCUGGAAGAGAUAGGUGUGCAAGAUCAAAUUAAAAAGCCAGACACGAUCUCUAUCAAGCUACUGAGAGAAAAACAUGAAGUACAAGUGGAUCACAGGCCUGAGUCUGUCGUGCUGGUGAAAGGACUCAACACUUUCACAUUGCUCAAUUUUUUGAUCAACUGCAAGAGCUUAGUUGCCACCUCGGGUGCACAGGCAGGCCUCCCUCCAACCCUUUUAUCCCCAGUAGCCUUUCGAGGUGCCUCAAUGCAAAUGCUGAAGGCACGAAGCAUUAAUGUCAAGACACACGCUCUUUCUGGAUACAGAGAUCAGUUUAGUUUAGAGAUCACAGGUCCCAUCAUGCCUCAUGCUCUGCAUUCUGUGACCAUGCUACUCCGAUCUUCACAAAGAGGGUCCUUCUCUGCUGGGAUGUAUGCACAUGAGCCUACUGCUGUAUUCAAUGUCUGCCUGCCACUGGAUACAGACCUGCAUAGAAAAGUUGAUCAUAAGGACCUUGCUAAUUGUGGGCUGCACCCCAAAACCCUGGAGCAGCUCAGUCAAAUACCAUUGCUGGGGAAGUCAUCCUUACGGAAUGUGGAAAUGAGUGACUACAUCUUUAAUUGGAGAUCCUGAACACCAAAGCUUGGGCACCAGUAUUAGCCAGCUGUUCCUGUGUCAGGACUUGCACUCCCGUACUUCCUGUGAACUGCCCAGGGAUAGAGUUCAACUGAGCCCAGGCAUCAAUCUGAAGAAAAAGAAGCCAUCUUCAUUAAGUAAAAUUACUGAUCUGAUGAAAAGUGCCACACUGGUGGUUUAAUUCACUGAGGAGAAACGGUUUGGUUCCUAAAAUAGCCAAAUAAUGAUAUAUUUAAAGUUCAAUGUUUUCCCAAGUCUUCCAGUUUUACAGCAUUCAGUGAAAUCUACUAAUGCAGAAGAAGGUAUGAAGUUCAUGUCUCUGUCUAAAACUAUCACUGUAAUACUCAUUCUUUAAAAUAUCAGAUAUUAUGAAAAAUGUAUGGCCAAAGAUCUUUGCCUUUGACAUUUGACCUCUCAUACAAAUGCCUUUAAAAAUGUCAUGACAGAUCUUUGACUGAUUCCUGUUAAAUAAUAAUCUGUAUAUUAUAUCCAAGGGAUAAUGUAGAAAAUGGUCAAAAACAGAAAAAGUAGACCAUAUCACUCAUCAACACCUACUGUGCUAUAGACAGAAUCAGGUGUCUUUCAUAUUGCAUUUAAUGCAAUGUUGCUUCUUACCUAAACUGUUCCUACAUAGAUUUAGCAUAAAAUGAAAAGCUGUUUCCUUCCUGUUCAAAGCAGACUCUGGAUUCAUUAUUAUUUGGGUAUGAACCCCAAUUCCACUUACUAGUUGUGGGCGUCAGCUGACUACUGUUGUAGCUCAGUUUGCUUAGCUGAAACAUGGAGAAUAAUAGUAGUACUACAUGGAGUUGUUCUAGGCACUUAUAUGCACAUCAGACUAUAAACUCUGAGAGCAGGACAUAUUUUCUGUUUUGUUCUCAAUAAAUAGUUCUUGCCAUAGUAUACAAUAAACAUUUUCUUCAUUAUUAGGUUUAAGUCAUUUUUAUUUAAAGUAAGUCAGUUACUAAGACAGAACAAAGUAAAACAAGUAUCAAGUAUGAAACAGCAUGUAUAGUCUUUGAGUCCAGUCCCAACUAACACAACCGAAAAUGAUAAUGGUUCCUUACAACCAGUGUUGUAAUGAAUCAGCCAUUUAGAUAUAGUGAAAUUCUUAUUUAAAAUUAAAAAAGCCACAUACCCGUUCUUGAGCUCGAUUUAACAUACUCAUGGCUUCAAGGUCAAAUGCAUUCUCACUGAGUCUCUUCUGAGCAAGUGCCCGUUCACUCAUUGCUGUUGAGAUGUCCACAGGCUAAGAAAGAAAACAUAGAUAAUUAUCCCAAAUUACCAGAGUCCCCUAAUUCUCUCGGGUGCUUCUAUAUCUUUAGAUGCUACAUGUAAAAAAAUAAACCACAGUCUAUGUAUUAAGAAUCUUGGAAAAUGAGAAGAUUCGAAAGGCAAAGAGGGCACUCCUGGAAAAUAGAAGACAAUUAAGAUUCACACAAGUAUCGUGAAAAUUCUGUAGUCACUCUUUACUGAGGAUGCUGCUGGCUGGUUUCUGGGAAGGAAGACGAUGCUAUGGCAGAGGGGAACACCAUCUGAUGAGUUGUUUUCCAUAACAUGGAUUUACGCAGUUUCGUCCGUGUCAUGUCAGCACACUCACGUGCAAGACAGUUGUGGGAUUAGGGAUGACAACAAGGAUAUUUAGCCCUUGUGAAGAUAAAUUCUGUCAUCUUUGCUGAAAUGUUUUAUGGUCAAGACUGAAGAUCAAUAAACUUCAGUUAUAUUUAUUAAAAUUAAAACAAAAAAGGAUUUUAAAAAUACCUCACAUUUACAAAAAAAAAAUUUGCAUUACUCUUAAAAAUAAAAAAAAAAACUCAUUUGAAGCCCCACUGAAACCAGAAGGGUCAGUGCUCCUCUGAUAGGACAUCAACUCUACAAAUAUAGUACACUUAGAUGGUAAUAAGUAACAAGCUGAGUAGUAGUAGUAUCAAUUGUCAGCCUUUCUUAGGCGUCUUUAACACUGCUUCAGAAAUACAUAUAUGAAAGCAAAACAAUCGUGUCCUUUCCUAAAGUUUGGAAUUCUUUUCAUUAGUCUAUACUCUGCAACUAGAUCUUUAGAUAAGGAGCUCAGGUCUCACUCUGCAUUUAUCUUCCCAGGAAACAUUACGCUUUAUUCAUCUGACCCACUGGUAGGGCGUUCCCUUUGGUUCAGUGUUUCCGUCUUCUCUCAACACUGCCCGCUUAAUUAGAAUCUAACCUCUGGCGGGAGAAGAGGCUACAGCAUCACUUCCAAUGUUGAGACUGAAAAUGGCAGUCAUAAAUUUUAAGUAAACUUUCUUGUUCAAAAAAUAUAAUCAACAUGCACUAAGCAUUUUCCCCAUGAUUCAGCAGAAGCUAAAAAUUAUAAUCAUUUUCUCAAGAAAAUGUCAGAAUUCUAUAUUUCUAAGUCUUUGCUACAUGGGAGAUUCUCUCUGGCUAUAGUCUUCCCAACUGUUCCCAACUGUUUAAAUGAUAAUCUGUAAUAAACUACUGAAAGCAUA